AUGCGUUUCUGUCUAUCUAUCUAUCUAUCUAUCUAUCUGAUUAAUACAGCUAUAAAACUUUGUAAAUCUAAAUGCUUGUUUCUUAAUACUCGGCACUUUCCUCGAGGAAUAAGUAGUCCUUCACGUCAAGCAUCAUAUCUCAGCCGUAACAAGCAAUCAACAGGUGCUAAAAUCGACGGGGAGAACAAAGAAAAAAAGCCAUGUUCAAAAAGCUGUCUAUCAAAUUCUCUUCAUAUCUAUCUAUCUAUCUAUCUAUCUAUCUAUCUCAAUCGGUUUCAGACCUAUCUAUUUCAGUCUGUUCAUAUCUAUCUAUCUAUCUAUCUAUUAAUAUUUAAGGGACUAGAGGUCCAAAGACUUAUUGAAAGUUGUAACAAUAUUACGCUUGAAUUACUAUCUAUCUAUCUAUCUAUUUAUUUAUCUAUCUAUCUUAAUCCUUUUCAGACCUAUCUAUUUCAGUCUCGCGCUCAUAUCUAUCUAUCUAUCUAUCUAUCUAUCUAUCAUCUAUCUAUCUAUCUCAAUCGUUUUAAUAACUAUCUAUUUCAAUCUGUUCAUAUCUAUCUAUCUAUCUAUCAAUCUAUCUAUCUAUCUAUCUUUACCGGACUAGAGAUCCAUCGUAAUUAUUCUAUUGAGACAUUACGAAGAACUAUCUGUCUCUCUGUCUGUCUAUCUAUCUGUCUGUCUCUCUGUCUGUUUAUCUAUCUAGCUGAUGUAUUCAUAUCUAUCUAUCUAUCUAUCUAUCUAUCUAUCUAUCUAUCUAUCAAUCAAUCAUUGCAUUCUACAAAACGUCUUUGUAUAUUGACCACUAAUAUUAUCUAUCUAUCUAUCUAUCUAUCUAUCUAUCUCUCUCUCUUAUAA